AUGGACUGUCAUUCAAGUGCCGACCCGAAGACAGGAGCUGCAUUCGCCAAAUGCGGCGUGAUAAAAGGUGAUGAGCAGAUGAAUGCCAAGGCUGGAGUUUUCGCAAUGACCAAUGGAGGACCCGUCACUAAAGGUGUCUAUGCAGGAGUAAAUGCCAACGGGCACAGUUUGUCGGUACAACACGGACAUACCCAAGGAUUUGGCAGUUCCACCACAACCAGCGCCCAGGCGAAUAUUUUCUCCAACAAGCAAGCAGAGAUGAAUGCAACUGCUAUGCACACUCAUACCCGAAAUCUCGACCAAUUCGGAGGUGGGUUGAAUAUUAAUUCUAGUCGCGGCCAUGCUGCAUCUGUGGGAGUCAAUCAUAUACCGAAAUACAAUAUGACAACCAUGAAUGCAGCUGGCAAAGUCAAUCUGAUGUCGUCGCCCAGCGGCAACCUCAAUUUGGAUGCCACAGCAAAUGCAUCGCGACACAUGAGCGGACCAUUCCGAGGCAAAUCGGACUUUGGAACUGGACUUAACUUGAAUUAUAAAUUUUAA